CAUGGUGGGGAUGCUGGCUUCGCGGCGGUGAGCGAGCGAGCGAGCGCGAGAGCGAGCCAGGGGCGGAAGACCGACCGACUCGGGUCUGGCUGCUGUGUGGGCUCCAUCUCCUCCUUGCCUCUCUCUCGCGCUUUCCCCCCAGGAUUCUGUUCUUGGCUUGCGUUUUUAAAAUCUCUGGACUCCAUCCUCUCCCCCACCACUGAAGUCUUCCCGUCUCUAAAUGGAAUUAGUGGAGAUCGGAGCCUCUGGUGUAAGGAACAGACAUGAUCUAUGGACGCAGUUUGUUUCACAUUGCAGCAAGUUUAAUCAUCCUCCAUUUGUCUGGGGCAACCAAGAAAGGAACAGAAAAACAAACCACCUCAGAAACGCAGAAGUCAGUGCAGUGUGGAACUUGGACGAAACAUGCAGAGGGAGGUGUCUUCACCUCUCCCAACUACCCCAGCAAGUACCCCCCGGACCGGGAGUGCAUCUACAUCAUAGAAGCUGCCCCAAGACAGUGCAUUGAACUUUACUUUGAUGAGAAAUACUCUAUUGAACCGUCUUGGGAGUGCAAAUUUGAUCAUAUUGAAGUUCGAGAUGGACCUUUUGGCUUUUCUCCAAUAAUUGGCCGUUUCUGUGGACAACAAAAUCCACCCGUAAUAAAAUCCAGUGGAAGAUUUCUGUGGAUUAAAUUUUUUGCUGAUGGAGAGCUGGAGUCUAUGGGAUUUUCAGCUCGAUACAAUUUCACACCUGAUCCUGACUUUAAGGACCUUGGAGUUUUGAAACCCUUACCAGCAUGUGAGUUUGAGAUGGGCGGCCCUGAAGGAAUUGUGGAGUCCAUACAAAUUUUGAAGGAAGGCAAAGCUUCUGCCAGCGAGGCCGUGGAUUGCAAGUGGUACAUCCGAGCCCCUCCGCGAUCCAAGAUUUACUUACGGUUCUUGGACUAUGAGAUGCAGAAUUCAAAUGAAUGCAAACGAAACUUCGUGGCUGUGUAUGAUGGAAGCAGUUCCGUGGAGGAUCUGAAAGCUAAGUUCUGUAGCACGGUGGCUAAUGACGUGAUGCUGCGCACCGGGCUGGGCGUGAUCCGUAUGUGGGCGGACGAGGGCAGUCGGAACAGCCGGUUCCAGAUGCUGUUCACAUCCUUUCAAGAACCUCCUUGUGAAGGCAACACGUUCUUCUGCCAUAGUAACAUGUGCAUUAACAAUACCUUGGUCUGCAACGGACUCCAAAACUGUGUGUAUCCUUGGGACGAAAAUCACUGUAAAGAGAAGAGGAAAGCCAGCCUGCUGGACCAGCUCACCAACACCAGCGGGACUGUGAUUGGCGUGACUUCUUGCAUUGUGAUCAUCCUUAUUAUCAUUUCUGUCAUUGUACAGAUCAAACAGCCCCGUAAAAAAUACGUCCCCAGGAAGUCAGACUUUGACCAGACUGCUUUCCAGGAGGUGUUCGAGCCUCCGCACUAUGAGUUGUGCACCCUCAGAGGGACAGGAGCUGCUGCUGACUUUGCAGAUGUGGCAGAUGACUUUGAGAACUACCACAAACUGCGGAGGUCAUCUUCCAAAUGCAUUCACGACCAUCACUGUGGAUCCCAGCUGUCCAGCGCGAAAGGCAGCCGCAGUAACCUCAGCACAAGGGAGGCUUCCAUCCUGACAGACAUGCCCGCACAGCCCGUCAAGCCCCUAGGCCCGCCCGUGAGCAGAAGGAACAUCCUGGUCAUGAAACACAACUACUCCCAAGACGCUGACGCCUGUGACAUCGACGAGAUUGAGGAGGUGCCCACCACGAGCCACAGGCUGUCCAGACACGACAAAGCCGUCCAGCGGUUCUGCCUCAUUGGGUCUCUGAGCAAACAUGAAUCUGAAUACAACACAACUAGGGUCUAAAAAGAAAACUCAAGAAAAGAACUAUUUAUACAAACAUGGGGACUGUGAAAAGAAAAUUCUAUAGUGAAUUGUGAAAAGUGGACCUAUUUCUAAAUUCAUUCCACUGCCUUUAUCCAAACUUAAGAAUUACAGACAUUUGUUAUUCCUUCGGCAAGACCUCCCCGCUGCACAAUGAUAUGCUCAUUUCGUAAUUUGGUUGCUGGCCACCAAGUGCUCCUUAGUUUUUAAAUACAUUUUGAGAUUUACUGGAAACUUGAAGAAGAAAUUAGAUCCUGAUUAAGACGAUCCCAACUUUAUUUUUAUUGUGGGUUUCACUUUUGUUUCUGUGUUGUUUCUGUCUUUGUUCUGUAAUUGUACAUUGUGUGAUGUGUGGAAAACACAACCUUGGACGAACCUUCGGUUACAUGUAAUUGUUUUCAUUAUAUAGACUUCUUGAGAAUAGUGCGUUCCUGAGUGGUUUUGAACAUGCUACAGAGGAAAGUGGAAAUGUGGACCAUGGAAACACCAGCUAGAGGUCUUAUGGACUACACGCCUAUUGUUUUAUUAUGAUUAAACACAGUAAAAGUCAUGAGUCCAAUUACUAGAUUGCAAUAAGAAAAAUUUCAUUUUUUUUUUGUCUAUCCUACAUUCCCCUGUUUUCCUUUUUGUUUUAUAUCAAAGGGAGAUACCAAGUUUCAAAAACAGCUUUUGAAAUCAGGUAUUUCACCGUUCAUAUCCUACCAUAGAGAUGUUUUUGACUAGGCACUUAGCAAUAUGACUGAAUUGACAGUUUGAGAAAUACCCUGCAUGUCAGUACUGGAUAUUUGAGUUGGGAAAAUAUCCUCUUUAUUAGACACAUUGUAAAAAGCAUGCAUUCUCAAAUAUUGCUGUUACUCUUCCAUUUCUUUGUGUCACAUGCUUGCUACUUGUAACGUUUUUAUAUAAAGAUAUAUAAAAUGUAUAAUAAUUUCCUAACUUGAGUUAAGAGAAAUGUUUUCUUCUGUUACAUUGAUCAAAACUGACUUACAGGAGGACAGGCUUAUUUAUAUCAGUUCUUUCCACCUUUCAGAGCAUAAGACAUUCUUCUGUAUUGAGUUUUACUUGCCCAAAUAUUUGAUUUCUAGAAUUUUAUGGACUACAUUCUCCUUUUCCAAGAGGAAAGUCAUUUUAUGCACUUUAAAAACGUAGGCCCUUCAUGCCCUUGAACUGCAUCACUGAGUCCUUCUUGUCCUCACACACAUAACACUCAAAAGCUAGUGAUGAGGAUGUGUUUUAUACAAAUAAAGUCAACCCUAUCAUGUACUUAACCACUGCUGAAUUGUAUGCACAUUCCAUAUUUGAUUUAGUCAGUGGAAACUUUUAAAAAUAUUAAAUGCAUAUUCUUUGGAAAUGAGUUUUAAGAACCAAUAUGACUAUAAAUCUGCUUUCAAAAUUUUCAAAACUACUUUAUUCUCCAGCAUAAAAGAUUCUGACCUUCAAAUAGCAAAGCAAUCUGGUCUACACAAUUCAGACCUGGCAGCUCAGGCAGGCAUCACAAAUCACCCAGAUAAAUCAUGUCACAUGUCCCUGUUAGGAAGUCCGUUUCAUAUAUGUUUAAAAAAAACAAGUAAGUGGAAAAUAUAAUAAUUGGAUAAUAGAAGAAUCAAAGAAUAUGGCAAUUCUGA